AUGGAACCCCAAAAUGGAAUAUGGUUUAGACUGAACACAAUCACAUUAAAUCGAGAAAAAAUUGAAAACCCAGAUGGUCGGUUUUCCGGCGCGGUCCAUCGACAGCAAAACCUCAUCGGGGGUUGUUGUCUUCGAUCCAUCGACAACAAUGGGCAUGGGAAGCAUUUGGGUGAUUCUUCUUCAAUAGGAGGGGCUGCAGUCGACGUCUCCGGCAGGCCCGUCGUGGCUUCCUUUCUCAUCGUCCGUAGUGAAGGAGUCAGGGGUGUUUGGGUGGUGUUCCUCGACCAAUCGCCACAGAGGAAGGGGGUAGCUCUGGUGCUCCACUCGACUCCUUCCUUUCUCGUUGUAGGCUGUAGAUUUGAGCAGUAG